AUUCGGAUCUGGAACAAGCCUUCGACCGCCGAAUAGCCUCCGAAUGUCAUUUACGUCAUUAAUUUGGGGCGUUUAAAAACUCGUGACAUGAAAAUUAUCGGCUUCAUCGCACCCGACAUUCGCCAUCUGCAAAUUAGUUUAUUCUUACGACUCGAGUGAAGCGUAAUCGUCAUCUAUCGCCAGCGUCGACGUAUUGUUGACUGAUUGUUAUCAGAAAUUAAAGAAACACUGAAAUAACCAGUGAAAUUAUCAGUACAGCGGGCGCCUUUGCUCGUUGUGGAAGUUCGAAAACCAAGUCCGAAAGUUCUUGGGUAUUUCACGUCGGCUGAAUCGAGCGGAAAAAUUGUCAAAUUUAAUCAGCAAACCCCCGAGUGGCAAAGAACUGGUCAACCGCAAUCGACCCAAGAAAAGCAGAAUUCGGAGAGAUUCAAAAUGGCAGACAGCGGUGAUGGACCCGAUAGCACCACGUCUGGAAAAGAUGUUAGAAAUCGGGUUUCUGAUGGACCAGUUACUGAUCCCGGCACCGUAACGAAGAGCCUAGAGGCUUCAAAUAAUGCCUUUCACGGCCCGAGAGCAAAAUUAGAAGCCAAAUCCGGAGCCCUAAAGAAAGCCAAUCGCUACAGGAGUCGCUCUCUCUCGGCAAGCAGCACCGAUAGCUACAGCUCCGGUAUGAGAAGCUCAUCUGACGAGGAAGAUGUGUCUCCACGUGAAAAACUACAAAAGACGGAAAAAGGAUUCGCAGACUUCUGUGUCCGUAACAUUAAUCAGUACGCCUUUGGACGAAGAGAGAUUGAAAUAGCUGAACAAGAGAUGCCAGGAAUUAUGGCACUACGCAAACGUGCAGCUGACGACAAGCCUCUGAAAAAUGCCAAGAUAGUUGGGUGUACUCAUAUCAAUGCUCAGACAGCUGUGCUAGUGGAGACACUGGUACAGUUAGGUGCACAAGUACGAUGGGCAGCCUGCAACAUAUAUUCUACUCAAAAUGAGGUCGCAGCUGCAUUAGCUCAUGCAAAUUACCCAAUAUUUGCAUGGCGAGGAGAAACUGAGGAGGACUUUUGGUGGUGCAUCGACAAAUGUGUAGCUGCUGAAAACUGGCAGCCAAACAUGAUCCUGGACGACGGAGGAGAUGCAACGCAUUUAAUGCUAAAAAAAUAUCCAUCGAUGUUCAAAAUGAUUCAAGGGAUUGUUGAAGAAAGUGUUACCGGAGUCCACAGGCUUUACCAGCUUUCUAAAGCUGGUAAACUCUCUGUCCCAGCCAUGAACGUUAAUGAUAGUGUAACAAAAACAAAAUUCGACAAUCUUUAUAGCUGUCGUGAGAGCAUUAUCGACAGUUUGAAAAGGUCUACCGAUGUCAUGUUCGGAGGGAAACAAGUCGUGAUCUGUGGUUACGGAGAAGUCGGAAAAGGGUGCUGUCAGGCCCUCAAAGGUUUAGGGUGCAUCGUGUAUAUAACAGAGAUAGACCCGAUAUGCGCUCUGCAGGCCAGCAUGGACGGAUUCAGGGUCGUUAAGUUAAACGAAGUGAUCCGAAACGUAGAUAUUGUGAUAACUGCAACCGGUAACAAAAACGUCGUUACGCGAGAACACAUGGAUAAGAUGAAGAAUGGAUCGGUCGUGUGCAACAUGGGACAUAGUAACACCGAAAUAGAUAUUAAUAGCUUACGGACUCCUGAUUUAACAUGGGAAAAAGUUAGAUCCCAAGUCGAUCACGUUAUAUGGCCUGACGGCAAGAGGAUCGUUCUCCUGGCCGAGGGAAGAUUGGUCAAUUUAUCAUGUUCCAGUAUUCCAUCAUUCGUCGUAUCCAUAACAGCUGCUACUCAAGCCCUGGCUUUGAUUGAACUUUUCAACGCCCCUCAGGGCCGAUACAAGAGCGACGUUUAUCUUCUACCAAAAAAAAUGGAUGAAUACGUAGCAUCGUUGCAUUUGCCUACGUUCGACGCUCAUUUAACGGAGCUUACGGAUGAACAAGCGAAAUACAUGGGGCUUAACAAGGCUGGUCCUUUCAAGCCCAACUAUUAUCGCUAUUAGAGACGGUGCGCAGCGAAAUAAGGAAAGCAGCAACGAUAACGUGUGAAGAAACUAAUAAAUAAAUAAAUAGAUAAAUAAAGAAAUAAAUAAGUAACUUAGUUGUGUCGGUAGAGAUGUAUGUGUACGUAUAGCUAAAUCCCGACGAGUUUUGCAGGCCUCGUUUAGCGAUGUUGGUAUUUCUUGCUAUUUUUUACCAAAAAAAAAAAAAAACAAAGACAAAUAGUUUUAUCAAAUCACGAAUGAAUCCAGAAAACGUCCGAAUAAAACAAAUUUUAACUAGCCGUACAAAACCGAUGUGCAUACUACACCAUAACUAAUUUAUUUGAUUCAGUAUUACGUUACGAUGUAUAAAAUUAUUCGGCUAAUUGUCUGAUAGUUGAAAGAACGUGUAUCGUUGAAUAUCGUAGUUUAAGUUAUAUUUUUAACAUCAAAGUAAAACAUACCGUACCAGUAACUGGUAUUCAUUCAAACGCAAGUAAUGAGUAAUACACACGUGAGUAUUCAACGAUUUUUAAACUACCGAUUUACAUGCGAGCAUGUAUUUAAUUAUUCGAUUUUUUUCUGUGUUUUAACUAUAGUCGUGUUUAUUUUUUGCUUUUACCUGUUUCAUUUUAUUCGCGUAGAGAUUGUAGAUUUUCGUGUAAAUCCCAAAUCUCAAAGUUUAAUUUUAGAAAGUUGUUCCUUCUGAAAUCUGAAGCCUGAAACCCGACGAAAAUAAAAAAACAUUACGUCAUAACUAUUUGAUUUCAUAAAGGCACGAUCAUUGUACGAGAUAGUGCCUUACAAUGGAUUAUACCGUUCUUAAAAAGCAGAUCUAAAGUUUCAACGAUAAUUUCAUUGAGAAAGAGAAGAAAAAAAACACGUCUCCGUUAAACCCUUAGCCAUUGGUAUUAUUGCCAUUUUACUUGUGAGUCUCUUAAUUUCUAAUUUGAAUCAAAAUUAUACUGCAGUAAUUUUGAUUAGGUAAUGAUCGUGCUACUUUCCAUUGUUAUUUGGCAUGUUUAAUUGUAGGUGACUUUGUCAAACGAGGUACUUAAGCUUACCCCUAUUCGCAAAUUGUGUGAGAAUAAUUUUUGAUUUGUCGAAAGUAAUAAUUAUUACAGAGUUUCCCGAAGUGUCGGAAUAAAAAAAAAAAAAAAAAAAAUUAAAGAGUAGCGACACGGAAAUGUACAUUAAUUACUCGUACACUGAAAUUAUCCUGGCGACUGGGAUACGUUUAUGCUUGUUGUUAGUUGGUAAACCGUUAUUCAUAAGUAAACUGAUAAUUUACAAGCAUUAAAAUACAAUAAGAGUACAUGAAUCAGCCAUUUUGUUACGUCCGGUUGAAAACAAGAUAAGAAAAAAACCAAAAAGACAAAAGACAAGUUAGUUUAUGGUUUUAUUUUUUUUGUAAACCCACGUAAAACUCCAAAACAAUGUCAGCUGUAUUUUUAUAAAGCUAUUGAGUAUUAAUAAAAACGUACGAUGUUGAUUUUA